AAAUAAAAAAUUGAGAAUUAGCUUUCACUUGGUUAGAAAAGCAGCCAUUCACAUUCUUAGACAGGCCAAGUUCUCCGCAAUCCCAACCAGCCAGAGCUCCAGCUACGGCUUUUAAUUUUCUGAUCAGAAAAGUUGACGAGCCAGUUGUCUCUUGUCUCUGAUUCAUCUUGUUAAUGACAAUAUCAUCCAUAUCUAAUCCCCAUUAUUGGUAAUAAAUUUAUCUACAUCACCAAAAUCGCUCAACAGCGAAACCAGAGGAUGGGUCACCACCACCACCAUCACAACACCACUGAUGGCGUCUCUCAGAUAGUUAAUAGCCCGCGCUUCUCGGGUCCCAUGACCCGCCGAGCUCACUCCUUCAAGCGCAAUAACAAUGGAAGCACCCAUAACAAUUCCAACACCGCCAACAAUACCUCUACCAACAAUGGCAACAACUGUAGCAGCACUAGUUGUUCCUCUGUUUUAACCACCCACCAUGAAAUCGAUCUGCAUCUCAACUCACCCAGAUCCGAGAUUACUCCCAGCUCUGCAUCCUCUGAUGGGUUCGAUUCCAUACUGCAGAUGGAGAAGAAGUACACCUACCAUAACCUGAGAGAGAGAGAGGUGAAGAGUCUAUUGAAGAAGCCUAUAGGAUCUACGGUUUUGGAGUUGGGGAUAAGGGAGAGGAAGAAACUCGGCCACUGGAUGUUCUUGGUUUUCUGUGGGGUGUGCUUAUUUUUGGGUGUCUUCAAGAUUUGUGCAACUGGUUGGUUUGGAUCUACUAUUGAAAUGGCUUCUUCCAAUCAGGAUUUAUCUGACCCCUCCAUCUCUCAGUUAAAUCUAAUCAGUCAAGACUCACACAAGUACGGCUAUAGGGAAGGAGGGAGUGAUGUUGAACGCACCCUGAUGAUGGUAGCAUCAGGUGUUGUCGGUAGCCAGAAUGGCAUGGCAGCAUAUUCAGGUAUCUGGGCAAAACCAAACAGCGAGAAUUUCACUAAGUGCAUUGGCAGUGGAAGAAGUUCUAAAAGGCUAGAUGCAAAUACAAAUGGUUAUAUUCUCAUAAAUGCUAAUGGUGGCUUGAAUCAGAUGAGAUUUGGGAUUUGCGAUAUGGUUGCCGUGGCUAAGAUCAUGAAGGCAACACUCGUCCUUCCUUCACUUGAUCACACCUCAUACUGGGCUGAUAACAGUGGCUUUAAAGAUCUGUUUGAUUGGCAACACUUCAUUGAGACAUUGAAGGAUGAUAUCCACAUAGUUGAGACACUACCACCUGCCUUCAGCGGAAUUGAGCCUUUUGUUAAAACACCAAUAUCUUGGUCCAAGGUUAGUUAUUACAAAACAGAGGUCCUCCCUUUGUUAAAGCAGCACAAAAUAGUGUACUUUACACAUUCUGACUCCCGGCUUGCCAACAAUGGCCUCCCGACUUCCAUACAGAAGCUGCGAUGCCGUGUGAAUUACAAGGCAUUAAAGUAUUCAACUCCAAUUGAAGAACUUGGGAGCACCUUGGUUUCUAGAAUGUGUCGGAAUGGAAGCCCUUAUCUUGCUCUUCAUUUGAGGUAUGAGAAGGAUAUGCUUGCAUUCACAGGCUGCAGCCAUAAUUUGACAUCGGAAGAAGAUGAUGAGCUACGUCACAUGCGAUAUGAGGUCAGUCAUUGGAAGGAAAAAGAAAUUAAUGGGACUGAGAGAAGAUUACUUGGUGGCUGUCCCUUGACCCCCAGGGAAACUUCCCUUUUGCUCAGAGCAUUGGAUUUCCCAUCUGAUACCAGGAUUUACUUGGUAGCUGGUGAAGCUUACGGGAACGGAAGCAUGCAAUACCUUAAGGAUGAUUUUCCCAACAUCUUCUCGCACUCCACUCUUGCCACAGAAGAAGAGCUGUAUCCUUUCAGAAAUCACCAGAACAUGUUGGCAGGUAUAGACUAUGUUGUUGCCCUGCAGAGCGAUGUGUUUGUUUACACGUACGAUGGUAACAUGGCAAAGGCAGUUCAAGGUCACAGGCGAUUUGAGAACUUCAAGAAAACCAUCAAUCCAGACAAGAUGAAUUUUGUGAAACUUGUUGAUGAAUUUGAUGAGGGUAGAAUUUCUUGGAAGAAAUUCAGUUCUAAAGUGAAAAAGCUUCACAGAGAUCGAGUAGGAGGUCCAUAUUUAAGGGAGCCGGGAGAGUUUCCUAAGCUUGAGGAGAGUUUCUAUGCAAAUCCUUACCCAGGAUGCAUCUGUGAAAAUGAAACAAUACAACAGAAGAGGUAGAGGGAAAGCACAGGUUCACAUUUUUGUAAACUUAUUUCAUGGUUUCAGUUUAACAGCAUGCGAAGAAGAAUAUGCAGCCAUUUCCUGUGGACAUAUCAAUCCAUGUCCAGAUAUAUGCCCCCACUUAAGGCUUGCGAAGGAGGCAGGUGUUCUUCAGGAUGUUGUGAAGGGCAACAAAAAUUUCAUUCUCUGCCUCUGCAGCUAGUAUACACAAUACUGCGGAUGGGUCUGGUAUACCAUUUUGAGAUGACACACUAAAUUGAAUUGCUAUACUUUGUACUAUGAACAUGGAUCUCUUAAUCAUUCUCUUCAGUACGCACUACUGAACGCAAUGUUUUUGCUUAAAUGAGGGGACGGCAGGCAGGUAAGCCAACUGAGUUGUAUUUAGAUUAGUCAUCGAAGUUUAGUCCUAUAAUUCAUAGGAUUACUAUUUCGAGCAAAGAAUAGGUACAAUUACCAUUGUGUCAUAGUAAUUGGAUUCAAUUAUUUCUAGAUGUCAAUAAUACAAUUAUAAUGUGAAUGAAUUGUGGAGAAUAUGCAGUACCA